CACACACUUGUAUGUCUCUACUGUCCCAUUUUCUUUCUGAUUUUGGUUAUGUAUAUAUGUGACAUUUUUGGGACCAGUUUGGUUCUUACAUUCGAUGAUGGCUAAAGAUGAAGACUUUAAGCUCCUCAGAAUCAAGAAAUAUGUUCUGAGAGUGAACAUACAUUGUGAUGGGUGCACUCAUAAAGUGAAGAAACUUCUUCAGAGAAUCGAAGGAGUGUUCCGAGUAAACAUAGAUUUGGAGCAGAAAAAGGUUGCUGUUUUAGCAAGUGUCGAUUCUGAAACAUUGAUCGAGAGAUUGAUGAAGAAUGGUAAGCACGCAGAGCUCUGGUCUGAAGAACCCAACCUCAAACAGAAUCGAAAAGCCACUGGAAAGAACAAAAAGGGUUCGAUCAAGUCCAUCAAUGGCGAGCAAAAAUCAAGUUUAAUUCCCGAGGAAGAAAUCCAAGAAUUGAAUGGCGAGUGUGGUGACGAAGGGGAGGAUAUGCAGUUCAUUAGGGAUAUGAUUAAUCAAAUGGCUGUGAUGGAUCAAAGUGGAGACGAAGUGGCGUCCGCCAUUAACGGGGGCAAUAGCAGCAAGAACAGGAAGGACAAGAAGAAGAAGAUGAUGAGCAAUGGCGGACAGAAAAAAGGGAAUUUGAAGAAAGAUGUUGAUGAUCUAAUGGUGAAUUGUGAUGGAGAAAGAUCAUCAGACCUGAGUAGCAUGAUGAAUCUUGCUGGUUUUAAUGGGAAUGGAUUGAGCAUACCUGAUAUGAACAAUGUUCUUCUUCUUCAUCACCAUCACCAUCAUCAGCAGCAGCAGGGCUUCGAUUCUGCGGCCCGACCCGUUAAUCCUCCCGGGUACGGGUACGGGUAUGGGUCUGCUCCUUAUCGUCAAGUAGCUGGUGGUGGUAACUGAUCAUUUGUGUAACUAUUUUAGGUCUAGAAAAUUUUUGAUAUGCCAUUGAUUAUCGUUUAGCGACGAUUGGACUAUCAAUGUGGCAUUGAUUAUCAUUUAGCCAAGAUUGGGCUAUCAAUAUGACAUUAAUUAUCGCUUAGCUAGGAUUGGACUAUUGAUAUGACAUUAAUUAUUGUUUAGCCGAAAUUGGGCUAUUAAUGUGGUAUUGAUUAUCGUUUAGCCGGGAUUGAACUAUCGAUACGGCAUUGAUUAUCGUUUAGCUGAUUUUGGACUAUCAU